AUGCUAUCGGAGUUUUAUGGUUUACCAAGAUCAGACAUAGAGUUCAAUCUAUUCUACUUGCUCCUAAUUUAAAUUGGAACAAAACCUCGGUAAAAUUUGUAUUUUUUGGGUAAUUUAAGCCCCUUUAAAUUGAAACAAAAUUUGUUUUCAAUAGGAAAUUUUUAUUGAUGCAAGUACUAAUUUUUAUAAAACAUGUUUUGACCUAAAUUUAAUAGACACAAUGCAAAGUAAAAUGUUAUUAAAACAGUUCUCACACUGAAAUGAUGGAAUUCUUUAUUUAAUUCUUCAUAAAAUAAACUAAAUUAAAAUUUUGUGCUUAAUUUUAAAAAAAUAUUAAAAAGCUGAAAAUCAAAUUUUAUUGACCUAAUUUAAUAGAUAAAAAGCAAGUAGAAUGUUAUUUAAACACAUUUAUCACACACUGAACCAAUUAAUUGCUUUAAUUUAUUCUUUAUAAAAAAUAAAUUAAAAUUCAAAAGUAUCGCACUAAAUUUAUAUUUUUUUUUUAAAAAUUUUUAAAAAGGAUUUUUUAAAAUAAAUUAGUUAUGACUGAGUUUAACAUAUCAAAAACGCAAGUAGAAUGUUAUUGAAGCAAUUUUUAAACAAUAAUCAAUUAAUUGUUUUAUAUAAUUCCUCAUAAAAAUAAAUUAAAAUUUAAAAACAAUUAAAGAUGAAAAUACAAUUUUUAUAAAAUUAAUUUUGAUCUAUUUUAAUGGAAAAGUGCUACUGGAAUGCUAUUUAAGCAAUUUCACACUCACACGAUAAUCUUUUUAAUUAUUUUCUCAUAAAAAUAAAUUAAAAUUCAAAUGAUUGCUAUCAAUUUAUAUUUUAAGAUUUAAAAUUUAAAAAAUGUUAUAAAGAAAUUUUAAAAUAUUAAUUAUUUUUUUAAUAAAAAAAUCCUUUAAAUUUGGAUUUUUAAUUUUAAUUAACUUACCGCUGAUUUCAACAUUUUUCACUCCUUUUGCAAACAUUAUUAAAUAAAUAAAAUAAAUUUCAAUUUAAAGGGGGGAGUUAGAACCUCAAGAAGUUUUAAUAUCAUCAGUCGUCGUAUCUUUAAAAUCAGGAGACUUCGAAAGGUAAAAAAAAUAUAGUGAAUCUGGAAAGCUACAUUUGAACACAAGAUCUUUUAUCUUUCAGCCUACUUUUUCAAAGCAUCCUUUAUUAAAAUUCAAGCUCUCGAGCAAUGAUUUUUCCUACUCGUUCAAUUUUCCUCCAUCUCUUAGUAUUACUCAAUCGCCAAACUCAAAAUCUCAUAGUUCCACAGUUGACCGGGAAUCUCGUAUUAUUCGUCAUGCAAAUGCUCCAGACAGAAAUCCCUCCUCGAAGUCUAUAAAGCGAGCAAAAAUUCAUAGAGGUCACCAUACAUCUGAUGGAUCAUCAACCUUAAUUAUUAGCGUAAAAAGCUACGGAGUAAUAUCACGAAGCCCUCCUUCCCCUUGCCAAUCUCAGCAAGUGGCUGAAACAUUUUUCUUCGAAAUGUCUCAAGGCGAUCUCCUAAAACUCAGUACUGAGCUAGAUAUGAUAAUGAGAAGCACAGACGAAAAAGCUAUUACUUCACUAGUCUAUAGUGUGAGAUAUAAAGAAUCCCUCUCAAUGUUGCAGAACGUGGACGAUUUUAAUCCUGAUGAUAUUCUUUUAACUCAAAAGUGCAAAAGAAUUUUGCCUGAAGGCGAACAAUGAGGCUCAUUUGUGAUGACCCAGGAAUCUCUGCAUUUUUACCCCUUGAUUAAUGCGAAGCCUAAAAGAGCUGUUCACAUACAGUUCAAAAUAAUUUAUUCUGGAAUGAGAUAUAGAUACUUGUGGAGAAAUAAUGGACUGAGAAUUGAUUAUUAUGGAUCAAAGUACCCUGUUUUAUUUAUAUUCGAGACUGAAGAGCAGAGGGAAAAUAUUUAUAAUUUUUUAUUAAAUAGAGUCAAAUUUAAAUCUCCAGCUGACCAGCUUGUUGAUGCAAUGGAAAAAUGAAGAAAUGGGUAUCUAUCGAAUUUCCAAUACUUGAUGUUUUUAAAUAAUAUCGGAAACAGAUCGGUGCUUGACAUGACACAAUAUCCCAUUUUCCCGUGGAUUUUAUCAAAAUAUCAUGGAGAAGGUAAAGAAUAAUUAGAUUUACCGCUUUACGACUAUACUAAUUUUAGAGAUUUAUCGAAACCUAUAGGAUCUCUGGAUAGAUCCAAGCUGGAAAAGUUAGAAGUAAGGUUAAAUAGGCGCUACAAGUGGAAUCAAAAAACCAGAUAGAGCCUCCAAGUCUAUAUUCUUCCUUUUAUUCUACAUCUACUAUAGUUUCAUAUUUUUUAUUGAGGCAAAUUCCAGAGUUUCUCGUGAGAAAUCAAAAUCAAAUUUAUUCCACCCAGGAUAAAAUGUUUAACAGUGUAGAAAAAUCUUGAAAUUCUAGUAUAAAAAUGAUAGGAGACAACAAAGAGCUAAUUCCUGAGUUUUACUCAAGAAAUCCAGAUUUUUUAUUGAACUUAAAUGAUAUGGAACUUACAAACGAUGAAAAAUUAAGCGAUGUUGAAAUCCCACCAUGAAGCAGGGAUGCGAAUAGCUUCACUGAAAUUAUGAGGGAUGCUUUGGAAAGUGAUUUUGUCAGCGAAAACUUGCAUAACUGGAUAGAUUUGAUAUUUGGGUAUCGUCAAAGAGGAGAGCAAGCAGUUGCUUCUUUAAAUACAUUCCCGAGCACGUGCUAUGGUAUCAAUUGAAAUUCCUUUAAAUCAACAUUAGAAAAAGAUGCAUAUGAAAUUCUUUUAAGAGAGUUUGGCUCAUGUCCAAAGCAAUUGUUUUUUAUUCCUCAUUCUCCAAGAUCGUUUAGGCUAUUGCCUGAAACCCAAAAACCAAUAGAAAAAAAUGAAGCUGUCCUACGACAAGAAAUUUCACAACUAGAGGAUUAUUUAGAUCAAAUACAAGAUUAUCACCAAGAGCAACUGAAUAAGCUAUUAAAACAAUAUCAAGCUGAAACUGAUAGUUUGAAGAGAAAUCAUAUUAUAGCAGUUGAGGUUUAUCAAAGUAAAAUUAAAAAUAAGAAAUAA